AUGUAUGUCGAUAACUCGAGACACCAUCCCCGAAGAAGCCUUUGGUACAUCGUCCCUCCGCCGUCCCUCCUGGCUUCUGCAAACCCCCCAACUUCAACAACGCCGUCGCAGCUCCUCUGGCCGGGGUCUCCCCGGCCUUGGCAGCAGCGCAGGCGCGACCUUGGGCGCCGCCAUCAUGGGAAACGUUUCCUCCCCGUCACCUUCACCGUCAGACGCUAGCGACGUUGAAGACGAAGACUUUGAAUGCCUGAUGAAAGCGGGCUUCUGACCCGUAAGGCCGGCACCGCCCAUGAGCGCUGCGGCGGUGCUGGCUGCGGGACUGACAGGCAGCUUCAGGGAAUUGCUGCAACCUGCCAUCGGGAGAGCGAGCCAUUUGCAGGGCACGGGCGCUAAGCCUAAAGUAAAAAAAUAGGGCACGGUAGAUAAUCGCACUCAGGUCGACAUUGGUCAUAGAGGGGGUAAGCUAUAGCUCAUUUUGUUUGAUGUUUGCAGCUUUGAAAUAAACGAUUCAAAUUAUUUUUUACGAUGGGUUUUUAUCAUUGCCGCUAUGAAAACGGUAAUGUGGCGGAAAUACCAAGUCGAUCUAAUUGAGCUUACCUUUAAUACAUCAUCAAGGAACUUUUCUGAUUCAAUAAUGCCUCUCUGGAUAAUAAUAGAAAAUAGAAUUUUUUACUGCUUUGGCAUAAAUUAAAUUAACCUCUAAUUUAAUUAAUCUUUUGGAUUAUGGAGCCAAAGAUGCGUGUAGUAAUCCAUAGAUACAUCAAAAUAAUUGACCUUUAUUAUUGGUUUAUGUAUUUUACCUGAAGAUAGCCAACCUAAUGCUAUAUUCCUGCAUCCAAAUAACUGCCAGAGGUAAAAUGAGAUACCGUAGCGCUAUCUACAAAAAUUUGACACAGUUCUAUAUAUUCUUUGGAACGUAUGCAUGAACCGGAACAACCUGCAAGGGGAAAUUACCUGGUACACUGGCUGGUCAAAAACUGAGCAGGGAACAGGAGCAGUUAUAUAUGGGAACAGGUGCAAUCCUGAGCAUAAUAUACCGCUUGGAAGACACAUCUCUGUAUUUCAGGCAGAAGUGUAUGCAAUCUUGGACUGCGCAAGAGUAAUGAGCGAGCGUAUAACAAUAAAAGGAUCGCCAUAUACGCUGCCAGUCAGGCGUCGCUCCUAGUGUUAAGAAGUCCUAGACUAACAUCUGGGAAUGCCAAACAAAACCUGCGAACACACUGACGGAACACAACAAAGUAACUCUGAUGUGACUGUCAGGACAUUUAGGUAACGCAAGAAAUAAAAAGGCUGAUGAGCACGCAAGGAAAGGACCAUCCACACCCUAUACAGGCCCAGAACUUGCCUUGGAGGUGCCAAAAGGCAUAAUAAGGAACCGAGCCAAAAACUGGGUAAGGAACCAGCAUGAAGAACAUUGGCACUGAGUGACUGGAUGCAGGCAUGGGAAAGAUUUCAUCUUGGGACCAUGUCCAAACGAGACUACGGAACUGCUCUCAAUGAGUAGAAACCAACUUCGUGCAGCUACAGGACUUUUAACAGGACACAAUGGCCUAAAAGAAGAUCUGAGCAAAAUGGGCUAUACGAUGGAGACCAUAGCUGCAGAAAAUGCGGAAGGAACAGAAUCAGCCCUAUAUCUCGUAUGUGAGUGCGAGCCGUUAUAUCACAAAAGACAUCAACUCUGCUGGAUUGGGUACUGUGAAUUCGAGGAGCAAGGUACAAUAAGUCCUAGAGGCUGCAGUGCCAUCGGAGACUUUGGCUUCCGGGAAUGAUAAAAAAAUUAUAUGACCCAUCUAUGAGAUACUUACCUUUUCAAAGUAUAUAUAGUAAGUAGAGAAACAGCUGUGACAAACUCCAAUAGAUGACGAUACGGUAUCUCACUUUGUCUGUGAUAAUUUUUCGGAUGCGUAAUACGUUGAACUUGAGUUUGCUUGGGUUCUAUAGGACUCAUAUGAGAGAAUAGGCCGCCAAAAGAAUCGUAGGGUAGUAUGUCAGAUUUUCAUGAUUCUGAUAUUUUCGACAUUGUGAAUGGUCAAAUAACGUAAAAAAUACUUAAACCUUCAAUUUUCAAUUAGAUGUGUUGAAGGAUGAAGAUUUUAGUUUCAAUUUCAUUAGUUUCUCCAGAAUUACGGAGUGGUGGGCCAUAGAAAAUAUUGAUAGGAAUGCCAUUUAGCUACAAAACCCAACUUUUCGUGCUUGUCUGUGGGAAUUUAAAUAGUAUCUUCAACUUGCAGUGUAAAACGAUACAGGUUUUCUGGAGUUCUUUAGAAACCAGUGCUAAUAACGUUUUUUACCCCUAAAAGAACUUGAAAAUCGAAGAAAUCGUGAAAUUUUAUAUAUACAGCUAUAAAACAUGCCUUUAGGCCAUAAUCUUAAUAAGUUUAUUAGACAACUUCUUGCCUAAUGCCUAUUUCUUCCAGUAUCUGACAUUCCUUCUCCCCAAAUCUUCGUGAAAUUUUACUUUUGCAAAUAAAGGUGUGAAUGAUUAAGGGAAUGAUGAGAGACUUAACUUCCUGUUUUUGAGCGGUAAAGUAACGUUUUUUCCAUAUAUUUUGUAAUGCAUCAAAAAAAAAGAAACAAAAUGUUUAUACGCAUACGGCCA